ACGCAGCAUUGAGUGUUGGAGCAGCCUGCAGCCACUGUGCAUCCCAGGACGCGGCGACACUGUAGCUGGGGUUCAACUUUUUCCGCUCAUCGUUUUGGUCUUGGUGCGCUUUCGGACGCUUGCAAAAAAAAAAUGGGUUGCUUUGAGUGCUGCAUUAAAUGUUUAGGUGGAGUGCCCUAUGCGUCGCUGGUGGCUACUAUCCUCUGCUUCUCUGGCGUCGCCCUGUUCUGUGGAUGUGGUCACGUGGCUCUCACUGGCACUGUGACCAUCCUGGAAGCCCACUUCUCCAAGGUCACUACCGAUCACGCCAUGCUUACUGAUGUAAUACAGCUGAUGCAGUAUGUCAUCUAUGGCAUUGCGUCGUUUUUCUUCCUGUAUGGAAUCAUUCUGCUUGCCGAGGGCUUCUACACAACUAGUGCCGUCAAGGAGCUGCACAGCGAGUUCAAGACCACCAUCUGUGGGCGCUGCAUCAGCGGAAUGUUUGUGUUCCUUACAUACAUCCUGGGUGUGGCCUGGCUUGGUGUGUUUGGCUUCUCUGCCGUGCCCGUCUUCCUUUUCUACAACAUGUGGUCUACCUGUAACGCCAUGAGGUCACCUAUGGCCAACCUUACAAAUAUCGACUCCAUCUGCGUGGAUGUUCGUCAAUAUGGAAUUAUCCCGUGGAAUGCCACUCCAGGCAAGGCCUGUGGAUCCACGCUAGGUGACAUCUGUAACACCAGUGAGUUCUACCUGUCUUACCACCUGUACAUCGUAGCGUGCGCUGGGGCAGGAGCCACUGUGAUUGCUCUGAUCCACUUCCUCAUGAUUCUCUCAGCAAACUGGGCCUACCUUAAGGAUGCAAGUCAAAUGCAUACCUACCAAGACAUCAAAAUGAAGGAAGAGCGGGAGCUGCAGGACAUCACUUCACGCUCAAAGGAAUGCCUCAAUUCCUACACAUAAGGAUAUUACACACUCGUGAUCCACACACACACACACACACACACAGAGACACACAUAGACACUGAGGCCAACCUCUGUGGCCAUUUUGGACCAAGGCAACAGUCAGCUACAAUAACCUGCCAACUGUGUACACUGCACUACUAACCCCAGCUCCUAACAAACUAAUGCACCAGUGCUGCUUUCUGCACUAACUCUCUGAGAAGUGUUUCAGAACUGCUACAUAAAGGUUCUUACAUGCUGAUUUUUAUUUUCCCAUUAUGUGGGAAAAUACAAAUGAGUUCAGAUGCUCAUACUGAAUCUCUCUGGCCCUUUUUAUAGCCAGUUUUUGCUGGUGAAUCUUGAGACAUUGCACUAUUCUUAUGCAGCGUGUUCCAGUUUUGCUUUAGUCUUUUUCUGACCCUCUGUGGCCAGGUUUCAAAUAGGGAAGGUACAUCUUGUAUUUUGUUUUUGGCCCUUUUCUGAGUGUGAAAGGCCUUACAUCCAAUAUGAGAUGGCAUGACCCACUACAUUAACACAAGACAGAUGUCAACAAAAUGUUUACUUUAAUUUUACAGAAAGAAAACUGGUCAAAUUUAUAAUGUAUACCUGGUAAGAGUUCAUUAUGUUGCUCUAUAUAUCUAGUGUCCUUAUACAUGAAUUUCACUGCAUAACUAUCUCAGUUAAUCAUUUGAGUGUUGUUGAAUUAGUUUUGAAUUUUAAUUCCAAAACCAUUGUACAGCUACUGAAGUGAUUCAGAACAUUCAUGGCCUACAUUAACACUACCUCAGGUAUGCACAAGUGUUUAUGGACAGUGUAGGACAAACACUUCUCCCAUCUUAAACUUGGUUUUAAAAUAAAAAUUGAGAAACAUUCCUCAGACAUACAGUAUGUUUUAAGGUAGCGAGAACAUAAAUCAAGCACACACCUCAGGAGCCCCUCUCCAUCACAGAAGUAUAGAAGUGAACUGUUAGAGAUAAUGCCAUAACUUGCUUAUUAAAUGUGGAUGCUGCCAAUAAUGAGACAGAAUGUUUAAUGUAUUUAAUAUCCAAAAACACUGGUCCAUUCGUAUUCAUUUAGACAAAAAAUAGUUAGAGCUUGCCAAUGAAGAGACGCAUAGACCUUUCUGAAUGCCGAUAAGUUAGCUGUUUUGUUGUAUUUGAACAAUACAAUCAAUUGUUGAUUUAGUCCUUGUAAAAACAAAAUAAAAGCAUAAUUAUGUCCCGUGUGCACUAUAUUGGAAAGAGUGGAAACAGUGUAAAGGAUUUUGCUGAUUUGUCAUUUUAAAGAAACAUUUUUUUCCUAAUUUUCCAUAAUUGCAUUUUUUUAUGUGCAGUUAUAUUAAAAUAUUUACUGGUGAAAUCGUAUAUCUGUUAACUAAGUUACAGUGAUUACUUGAUGUUUCAUUGUUGCAUGAAGACGACUCUUUCUGCAGAGACACGUGUGAUGUACAGUUAUAUAUUACUGACAUCAAUAGUAGGCAGUGUUUGCCCUUUUCCUUUAUUUUCUAACUGAAUACAAAUUAACCUCUUUUUAUGUAGCUUAUUAGUUUAGAUUUUUUUAAAAAUAAUUCUAAAUGUAUUAUUUUACGAGGUAGUUUACUUGUGUUUUCUAUAAUGUCAAGGGCUUCCCAUCGACUUUCCCGAUACCUUUUAUUUCAGUUUCAAGUAACAAUUAGUCACAUCAGUCAGUUAAAAACAGUUGUAUGAAAAUAAUAAUAAAAAAAUAGCCAAAGUAUGAAUGCCAGUGCUGCCCAGUGUAUUAAACAGUAUAUAUGUGUAGUACAAAACCUGCAUUGUUCCAUGACAGGAUACUAGUAUACAGACAUAUACAUGAGGAAGCUGUAUGUCAUGUCACAUCUUUGUAUUUGUGUUUCCUAUUGAAUGAACCAAAAAAAAAAAAAAAAAGAAAGGCUGGCUCUCAAUCACCAGGAGGA